CCCACUUCCACGUUCAUUUGAAAGUCUCACUUCCUCCAUGUCGUUUUGUAAUGUACUUUAAACUACUGUCUCCUCUAAGUCCUCAUUCUGACGGCAGGGUGUUGGAUGCUCCGCCGAAACUCCUCAAGUUGAAUCGCCGCCACAAGACUCCCAGUUCACCAUGUCUAGGAAGGUUGUGAGGACCAGUAAGUUCCGUCACGUCUUUGGCCAGGGUCUGAAAGCUGACCAAUGCUACGAUGACAUCCGAAUCUCCCAGAUGACAUGGGACAGCAACUUCUGCUCCGUUAACCCCAAGUUUGUGGCCAUGAUUGUGGACGCCAGUGGCGGAGGAGCCUUCAUGGUGUUGCCCCUGAGCAAGACAGGACGUAUCGACAUGUCCUACCCCACUGUGUGUGGCCACACGGGACCGGUCCUGGACAUCGAGUUUUGUCCUCACAAUGACAACAUCAUUGCCAGUGGCUCUGAGGACUGCAGCGUCAUGAUCUGGGAGAUCCCGGAUGGCGGGCUGAUCACGCCACUCACAGAACCUGUUGUCAAGCUGGACGGCCACUCCAAACGUGUCGGCAUCCUGAGCUGGCACCCCACCGCCCACAAUGUGCUGAUGACUGCAGGCUGUGAUAACGUGGUGAUCCUGUGGAACGUGGCUCGUGGGGAGGCGGUGGUGAGGAUCGACACGGUUCACACCGACCUCAUCUACAGCGCCUGCUGGAACCAGGACGGCUCCAAGAUUCUCACCGCCUGCAAGGACAAGACCUUGCGGGUGCUGGACCCACGCAAGGGCACCGUCCUCAUCGAGAAGGAGAAGCCUCAUGAGGGCUUCAGGCCGGUCAGGGCUGUGUUCGUGGCCGACGGGAAGAUCCUCACUACCGGCUUCAGUCGCAUGAGUGAGAGACAGGUGGCGCUGUGGGACCCGAAGAACUUCGGAGAGGCGCUCACCCUUCAGGAACUGGACACCAGUAGCGGCGUCCUUCUGCCAUUUUUUGACCCAGACACUGGAAUCGUCUACCUCUGUGGCAAGGGGGACAGCAGUUUCCGUUACUUUGAGGUGACGGAUGAAGCUCCUUAUGUCCACUUCCUGUCCACGUACGGCAGCAAGGAGAGCCAGAAGGGGAUGGGAUACAUGCCCAAGAGGGGCCUGGAGGUCAACAAGUGUGAAAUCACCAGGUUCUACAAACUCCAUGAGAGGAAAUGUGAGCCCAUAGUCAUGACGGUGCCACGCAAGUCGGAUCUGUUCCAGGAGGAUCUGUAUCCAGACACUGUCGGUCCUGAGCCUUCAGUCGAAGCCGACGAGUGGUUUCAAGGAAAAGAAGGCAAGCCGAUUCUGAUCUCUCUAAAGGAAGGCUUUGCAACAACCACCAAAGCCAAGGAGUUCAAAGUUCACAAGACUCUCCUGAAGACCACUUGUGCUUCUGCCGGGAAUCAACAGGAGAACAGCGGGGAGGUUCAGUCCUUGAGAAAGGAGGUGAAAGAGCUCAACGCAGCGAUAGAGGAGCUGACCAGGCGUGUGAAGGACCUGGAGAGCAAAGAUUAAACUAGAGAAGAAAAAUAAAUGAAAAGCAAAAGUCAAGAGAGAAACAGUGGAGCAGAGAAAAACGGGCUGUUGUAAAUCUGAUAGUAGUGAGACAAAGGGAGAGAUAGAAACCUACAGUUGUUAUGAAACUUUUCUUUGGAUUGAAGCUUGAAUUUGUUUAUUUGGUUUGUCUGAUCAAUUUUAAAAAUUCCUAUUUUAAUAUAUGCUUUUAGUUUGAAAUAAAAUCCUCUGUAUUUUCAAAAUA